AUGGAUUCAAUUGAGCCACCAUCGUUUUCCCUAGGGUUUGAUCUCGAUGCUGCAUCGGAUCCCCCGCAAUCGGGUUCUUAUCAGAAGAACCCUAGCUCCUCCGGCUACGACGAGCAAGAGCCGGGAAUUACGGUCUCAGAUUCCGAUCGGGAGUUUGAACCAGGAUUUUCAAGCCCGCCGGUUCUCAAGCGGUUGCGCCGGGGAAUUAACACCGAGAAGUGUUCUGCGAAAGAUGAUAGAGGCGUGGGUGUGGCCAGUGCGGUGUUAGAUUGCAAGGAUGAUCGGGAUGAUGACAUCGAGGAGUUCUCUUCUCCAGAAGAUUUUCCCAAUGAUGCACCUGCCUCAACAAGAAGUCAUUUCUCUAGUUGCAGUUCAAGGGUACCACUUCAUGGUUCCGGGGUUUUCUCUAAUAAGCCUUCUACCUCUCAGGGGAAAAGAAAGAAGUUGGAUGUUCCAGCAUCUGCUGCCUCUGGGAUUAGUUCUGUUGCAUCAUUGUUUCAAAGUUUAACUCGUAGUCCUCUACGAAGGUUCCAGCUACUAGAUUCGGAUUCUGAAGAUGACCACCCAUCCACCGGUAGAGAUUUAAGCGGAGUAACUAAAACAAAUGAUUCAUGUAAUGCAAGUAAACCAAAGAGAAAGGAGUCUGGAUCUAUGCCAAGCAAUGGAGAUCUGUGGAAAGAUUUUUCCCCGGUAGUUUCCAAGAUUCAAACACCAGCUUUUGAUGAUCUUUGUCACGACUAUUUUAGCUCAAUCAAGACGAGUAGCACAGCCCAGAGACAGAACAGUGCUGUUGCAAGUAGUAGCAAUAGUGGAUUGGCUAGCUUUCAGCAAACUGGGGAAUUCUUGGAUCUUUCCCAACCUUCUCCUCCAUCUCAUCGUUUCUUCUUGCACAGUGAUCCAAGGAUACGGAAUUUAGCUCGACAGCGUUUACCAAACUUCUUGCCUCUGGGAAUUGUUAAUGAUAGAGAGAGACGAGGAGAGGCUUCCCUUGUUGAUUAUAUGAACCAAUUUGGCAGCAAAGCGAGUUCUAAAACUGGAGGCUCUAGCAGCAAAAGCUGCAGAAGAAGGCAAGCAAAAUCAAAGGUUCCAAAGGGCAAAGAGAACGCACACGCUUCUGAAGGCUGGUUAAAUCCUAAAGCGACAUCUGCAGCUCCAAAGGAUGCUGGGAAAAGGCGUGUAUCAGCUGCUGACAGUGCUUCUGCAGGUCACUGGUUCACAUCCUCAGAAGGGAGAAAGGAAACCGGAGGCGGGUUUAAGAAGUCUAAAAACAAACGACAACCAAAGAAGAAGGCGAAGAACUAA